UAGCCUGUGCAGCGGAGCCGGUGAGGAGCGGGCACACACCGCUGCGGAGGAGCUGUCAGCGGAGCAGGUGGACUUUCUCUCUCUGGUACCCCCGUUCAGGUCCCGGCGGAGGGACACGGUGGCGAGGAUAAACCUUGAAAUAUUAGCAGUUCUUCGUGUCUUUGAGAGGUAAUUUGACAAACCUCACCAUGACUUCGGUGUGGAAGCGGCUUCAGCGGGUUGGAAAGAGAGCAUCCAAGUUCCAGUUUGCUGCUUCAUUUCAAGAGCUGACGAUAGAAUGCACAAAGAAAUGGCAACCAGACAAACUGAGAGUGGUGUGGAUCAGGAGAAACAGACGUCACGGCACGAAGCUCCACAGCUGGCAGCCCGGGAUCAAAAACCCCUACAGAGGCACGGUGCUGUGGCAGGUUCCAGAGAGUUUGGACAUCAACGUCACACUCUUCAAGGAACCUACUGCAGAGGAGUUUGAGGACAAGGACUGGACUUUUGUCAUUGAAAAUGAGACAAAAGGCCGUAGGAAGGUGUUGGCAUCGGCAGACGUCAACAUGAAGAAGUUUGCCAGUGCCACGCCGGCCCAGUACGAUGUGACGCUGAAGCUCAAACCGAUGUCCGUCAAAGUGGUGGAGGCCACUCUGAAACUGAACCUGUCCUGCAUCUUCCUCAAAGAGGGCAAAGCCACAGAUGAGGACAUGCAGAGUCUGGCCAGUCUGUUGAGCAUGAAACAGAGUGACAUUGGAAACCUGGAUGACUUUGCAGACAGUGAUGAUGAAGGUGGCGAGGAGAGGAGGGCCAGCUUCGGACCGGCUUCUCAUGUCACUGCCUCUGCUUCUUCUUUCAUGAGAGUACAUGAUUUGGCUUGGAGGCCUGCAAUGGAAUCAGGUCCUGCAGAGAUGGAUUGGAAAGCGACCUCUGGCAUUUCCUCCACCAUCUCAGCCCCAUCUCAGCCUCCUCUGCCCAAACCCCCAGACCCCCCCGUUCCAUCCUCUCUAUGCAUCCGACCACCGAGCACUGGCCCCCAGGCCCGGCCCUCCCACUAUGCCUACUCACUGCCAGCCUUUACUCGUGCUCACCCUCCUGCACUUCCCAAAAUCUUCCAGCCCGCUGCCGGAUCAGUGCCCAUUUCAGCUCCGCGGAGGCCCCACAGCUUCCACAGUGGCUCCACUCCAGCUGAGGGCCUGGAAGCUUUUACCUUCACCCCUCCUAAAGCCACCUCUUUCCUCUCUUCCCCACCCUCUGAUCCAUCUCUACAUACUCCCACUCUCCCUGGUACCUCCCAAACAGCCUGUCCCAGUGUCCCUUCCUUUUCUUCUCCGUUCUCCUCCUUCGCUUCAUCUUCAGCUCCUCUCAGUUCCUGUCCUCCUCUACCUCCUCUACCUCCUCUGCCUCCUGCUCCCAGAAACCCUAAAGCUCGCCCCCUCUCAGUGGGGGAGCCGGGCUCUGGCCUCACCCGGCCCACCAGCCUGCCCUCGGCCCCUGAGACAGCUUCCUGGCAGAGUGAAUGGAGGCCUCCUAAAUCUCAGGCUCCUCUAGCACAACCUGCCAUUUCUCCUAAGUUCCUGCAUCUCUCUGCCAAUGACCCUGGAAAGCCUGCAGUGCUACAGAAAAAGCCGAUAGAGACGCCAUCUUCAGUCUCUGUGCACCCUGGUCCUUCUUCAGAGCAGACACUCCAGGGAGGCUCUGCAUUUGUUCCGUCCAGGAGACCCCAGGUCCCUGCUGCACUGCAGACGCCCUUACCUCCUCUCAGUCCUCCUUCUGCUCUCAUAUCCUUUGGGCCUCCUCCUCCUUCUCCUCCUUCUCAGCCUCAUAUUUCCCAAACUGCCAUACCUUCUCACAGUGACCAAGAUGCAGAAUUCAAAAGACAGUUGAGUACGUUAAACGAAGAGGACAACCAGUCUACAACACCUACAACCCCUGAUCCCAGAUUGCCGCCUGGCUUUAGGACCGAGUCUUCCAGGGCUUCAGAGCGGAAAAGAGACGCACAAUUUGGAUUCGAGGUUGUUAAGGCAUCAGCAGGACCUGAGAGCAUGGCCUCACUACAGCCACUUAGCCCCAGCAUGCCCGUAACCCCAGGGCUUAACUAUUUUGAGAUGCCAACAACAAAGAUGGAUCAAACAGAAUCAUUGCCAACAAUGAAAUUACCACAAAUCCAGCCAACAGUACCUCCCUCCCUUACUGCACCUAAGCAAUACCCUGAUCCUCAAGUGAACACAUCUGCUUCAGUCAGGGAGGUCCUGGAUAACCCAAGAAGUCACAAGAAGUCCAAGAUAUCCAUUCAGUUAGGGAAUCCAAUAGCCCAACCAGAGCUGGUUAAAAAUGUACCGUUUACUCCUACCAACCCCCAACCUACUUCCAGAUCACUCCAGGGAGCUUUGUUGCACUUCCCUCAAACUGCUGCAACCUCUGACACAAAAGCAAUAGAAGUGACUCUUAAAAAAGAAGCUGUAACUAUGGAUUUGGGAAAUGAAAGAACGUCUGCCUCAGUGUCAUCUUGUCUCAGAGAUGCCAGUUCUGCUUCUUCUCCAAUGGUUAUGAACAAAACACCUGAUGUUCAGUCUGGAGACUGCUCCAUUGUAAAAAACCAAAAGAAUAAGAAGCCAAAAAGAAACCCAAAAAAAAAAAGCCCUGUUCCAAUACCCGUCAUGGACCAGACCACUAUCUGCAACAGGACUGUUUCAGACAAGGUCUCAGCACAGCAGGCCACAACAGACAAUUUAUUAAAACAAAAAGAAGAUUUUAAAGUAGAUUUGGCAUCAUCCUACAAAAAAAGCUUUGAUGCACAUGGUUUGGACCCAGAACAUUGUAUGGCAAAUGGCAGAACUGAAAAUGAUGUGAGGUCAACCAAUGAAAGACCAGUGUCUGAAAAAGAUAGCAGUAUUAUGGGGGGACAUGUGGUACCAAACCCUGUAGUCAGUGUAGAGGAAAAGUGUGUGUACAUAUCUAAGGUGGACGUUGGUCCAUUGUGUACAACAGGGUUUUCUAUUCCUCAUUCGCCGUCCACUAUACAACCUAAAGUUCAGAUUGAAGGAACAGUGGCAAGUAUCAUUAAAUUACACUCAAGCUGCCCACAAUAUUCCAAGAUUCCUGGCAUGCCGUCUGUUCAUCAGUCGCAAGUUAUUACUUGGCCUGCUGAUUGCAGGUCAUUGUUUAAGGAGUUACCCAUAAACAGACUUCCUUCACCCCUGUCUUCAGAUUAUGUUAGUUCCUUUUAUGGGGGUAGUGCAGGGAUUGCAAGUAUGGUGGACUUAACUCCGACCUGCCCCAGGUCUGCAAGUAUUCCUGGAUUCCCAUCUGCUUUAAAACGUGAGCCAAAUAUGACUUGCCUUUUACCUAUAUGUCCCAGAGCGUGCAGCAUUCCAGGUUUAGCUGCUGCUGGAUCAGCGACUAGAUAUGAAGAUAUGGUUUGGGACAGAUGUUCUCUAUGGAAGAAACCAUUGCAGAUAAAAGAAGCAUUUAUUUCGCAAAUGUCAUGUGUUCAGGAAAAAUCUGUGGGUGAUACUAAAGCCAUGGUGGCUAUGUUGCCAACAUGUUGUACUAGGGCCAGUGUUCCAGGGUUUCCAUCUGCACGUCUGCAAAAUGUUUCAAAUACUCCAAGUAUGGCCAGUCUUCUCCCAACAUGCCCCAAGCAGUCAAUGAUUGUAGGUAUGCCAAGUAAUCACAGAUCUAUGGUAUAUAGUGAUACAUGGCAUAUUUUGAGGGAAUGUAUCUUAGACAGACCAUUGAGAGGUUAUACUGUUCUGGUUCAGGGAAAGUCAUAUGAGGAUAAAGAACAUUUUAAACAUAUGGUAGAUAUGUUGCCCUCAUGCCCGUCGAGAACUUGCCUUGUAGGUAUGCCCACAGCACCCAAGAAGUGUUUACCAAGUAUUGUUAACCUUGCACCUAUAUGCCCUAAACAGACACAAACUGUUGGUAUGCCAUCUAAAGAUCAAAACAAUUCUGAGAACAAAGAUUGGCGUGCCAUGAAACGAUUCAUUAACAGAAAACCAGAGAAAAUAACACCAACUUACAUUGAGCAGUGGAUACCAAAAGAAAUUCCUAAAGAUAUGGUAGCUAUGUUGAGAAGCUGCCCACAAAAAGCCAACGUUGUUGGCUUACCCUCUGCUCCACAACAAAAACCCAGUAUGGUUAACGUAAUGCCUUCAUGUCCCAUACAAAGUAGGGUCCCUGGUUGGCCUUCAAAAACUGGACAAAAACUUGGUUUGUCCACUUGCAAUGAAUGGUUUGCGGAUAAAGGUUUACAGUGCGAGAAUCCAUUCAUCAAAAAGGAAGUGCACAUUCUGAAUUCAGUUUUGUGUUUUGAUAAGAACACUACUCAAAGUAUGAGUGCAAUGUUACCCUCUUGCCCUGAGAAUGCUAGGGUGCUUGGGUUUCCCUCUGCUCUGACAUUAGCAGAUGGUACAACUAUGGUGAAUGUAUUGCCUAGUUGUGCAAAGGAAUCUAGAAUUUCUGGAAUGCCAAGCAGAGACACCGGCAAAAAAUUAGGGUGGCCAAUGGAAAGUAAGCCACUGCUACUCGCUAAGAAAUUAUCUGCAGCAAUGUUAGAUUUACAGGAUGUUAAUAUGUUCUAUUCUGAUAGAGAUACACUCAUAAAUAUGGUAUCAAUAUUGCCCUCCUGCCCACAGACAGCCUGUUUACCAGGUUUUCCAUCAGUGCCAUGUCAAGUGUUGGCAGAUAUACCAAAUAUGAUAAAUCUGCUACCUACUUAUCCAAGACAUUCUAGGGUUCGUGGAAUACCCUCUCUACUCUACAGUGAGGCAGAAUGGAGUGUAGACAAAAGCCCAAUUUGGGAAAAACCAUUAAGGAAGCCAGGUAGACUGUCAGUAAUAAAUGACCAUAAAAUGCAUUUCAAAGAAAAGGUGUUGUUAAGAAUUAUGGUAUCAAUGUUGCCACCCUGUCCGAAACAUUCAUGUAUACCUGGGAUUCCCUCAAAGGCUUUAAAGAGACCAGGGAAAGUUGUGAGGAAAGAAGCUCCCAGUAUGUUAAAAUCCUUGGCCACUUUUCCAAAACACAGUAACAUUUCAGGUCUACCUGCAAAGAAUAUUGCAAAGGACUCUGAUGGCUGGUAUAUGGAUAAGGAUGUAGUUUGGGAAAACACAUUCAAUAGAAGGCAUGGAGUUGUCCAGCAAGAUUUACCUGUCAACGAAAUGUCAUAUAGGGACAAAUCAAUAAUGCUGAGUAUGCUUCCAUCAUGUCCACGACAAGCCCUGAACCCUGGGUUUCCAUCUGCUCCACGACCCAAAGCUGUUGAUGACAUUGUGGAAAAACAUCCAGAAAUGUUACAGUUGCUGUCAUGUUGCCCACAACAGUCACGUAUCAUUGGUUUCGCCUCAAGAGUUUCAAUUAUUUCUGAUUCUAAAGUAGUGGGAUGGCCAGUGGUGACAAUUAAGACGCCAGGGGAUCUUUACACCACAGAUAGUUCUAACAAAGAUAUAAUAAUGGCAAGCGUUCCUCUUAAACGUCCUCUUACAAAAAUGUCUCUCAGUUCUGGCUUCACACCAGUUCCACCACCUGGCGUAAACCGCCUAGCAAAUAUGAUAAAUAUUGUGCCAUCUUGCCCAAAGAAAGCUUCUGUUCUUGGGGUACCAUCAACACAUGUGCAUCAUUCAGAACAGGGUUGGCCAGGAACUAAGAUAAGUGUAAAGCAGAGGACAAACCUCAUGACUUGUAAGCUUUCACUGAAAGAACAGCAAAGAAUGGAGAUUGAGUCAUCAACCUGUCCUAUCAAGGCCAUUGUUGAGGAUUUACCAGCAUCAAAUUCAGAAAUUCAAGUGCACCAGCAAUCCUUCAUAGUUAAUGGGAGUAACAUAUUAUGGGAUGAUGCCAGUCCAACUAGAUUAGAUUUUGACACAAAGAAAACGAAAUCUGAUGUUUGCUCAACUUUGGAGGGACAUAAAGAUGAACGGGGCUUUUGGAUACCGAUUAAGGAAGAAGAAGAAAUAGGAAAUGUGCAUUGCAGAAUGUGGCACUCCACUCCUGACAUGCCACUUAUCUUGAGUGUUAGGAAGAGACAUGAACACUUGGGUUCACUACAGCCAUCAUGCCCAAUUGUUGCUGGGGAAGAAGAACCCCCAUCCCAAACCAAAAUAAAUAAUGCUGAACAGCAGUUACAAAGACAUCCAACAAACACGACUAUACUGUGGGAAGAGCUACCAAAGUCGACUACAAUAAAAUGCUCUACAGACAAGAUCAUAUUAUGGGAGGAGCUACCAAAGGUGACUACAGAUGUUUCUAGAAAAGCAUCAGAGACUGAAAUGAAAAUGAUAAAAGAAAUGGUCAGUGUCUCUUCAAUGAUGUUAUACACUGGUAAUGAAUUGAAGACACGUACGGAACCUGGGAUUGCAGAUCAAUUACCAAUUUGCCCAACAGCAAGCGGCAUAUUUGAAUCCACAGCAACUAAACAAACAGAUCAAAUCCAGCUGGACAGAGAGUCUACUUUCGAGACGCCAUCAAAGGAUAAGGCAAUGGGAGAAAAAAAGUUUGCCUGCCCACCCACACAAUGUGUGCCAUCUUGCGUGAAGACUGAAACUGAAUACAAACAGUCCACUUUCUCCGAAGUCUGUCCCAGUCGCACAAGAAUUGCUGGCAUGCCGUCUAAAUUGCCUGUAAAAGAGAAACACUGGCUCCUCGAUCCAAAGCCAAUCUGGGAGAAACAAUCAAAAAUAAAUGUAAUAUUCAUGCCAUAUGCAUCAAAGGAUGAUAAAAAGGACACAAAGGAAAUGGUCUUAAUGCUACCCUCUUGUCCCAGAGAGGCCAAACAUCCAGGGUUCCCAUCUGCACCACGAAACAGUUCAAAUAUGGCGGAUAGUUACCCUGGUAGUUCAAGUGUGUCCAGUAAAGCUGGUUUACCAUCUAUCAGUAACAGAUCAUUGGUAUCUCAACAGGAACCACUUCUGCAAAAGAAAACUGACCUUGUUGUCGUACCAGCGUCAAUAAAAGAAGAGAACAUUGAACUAAUGGGAGCUUUGUUACCAACCUUCCCAAAAUAUUCUUGCAUACCAGUCAUCCCUUCAAUUCCACAACAUACUAUAGCACAUUGCGGAUCAGAUAUGAUGAGCCUUUUCAGCUCUUGCCCCAAAACUUCUUGUAUUGAAGGUGUUCCAUCAUUAAAAGAACAUUUGAGCAAAAGCUGGUCUACAGAUCACAAACCUUUAGUGGAAAUAUAUUCAAAAAUACAUGCAGUCAUGAUUGAAGAGAGACCUUACCAUGAAGACAUGAGGGCCAUGUCAGCUUUAGCUCCAACUUGUCCAAAAGAAGCUUGUAUCCCUGGAUUUCCUUCUGCUCAGGAACCCACAGUAAGCUAUAACAGAUUUAGUAGGGUCAAUCUCCUUCAAUCCUGCCCAGCUACCUCAAGUAUGGUGGGUUUUCCUUCGAUGCAGAACACUGACAGCAAAGAUUGGAACACUGUUUAUCAGCCAUUAUGGGAGAAGCAAAUGAAACGGGAAUCUGUAUUACUACUGGGGGACGAUAACAUGGACAAAGACAUGAAAGGAGUUGUUUCUCUUGCACAAAGUUGCCCAAGAGAAUCACUCAUCCCGGGCUUUCCCUCUGUCCCUAAACCGAGGAAGAUUGAUGUUGUUGACAUGACAAAUAUGGUCAGCCUUUCAAGCUCAUGCUCACAAGCAUCACAAAUACCCGGAUUUCCAUCAUCUCAUACUUCAAAAGAUUGGAAAGUGAGCAGGAAACCACUAUUUGAACCACAUUUGAAAGAAAAGCAGGUGUUGUUGAUUGACAAAUGUGAAGUUCAAAAGAAAUCAAUGAAAGCAAUGUUUUCUCUUGUACCAUCCUGUCCAAAAGAGGCACGUGCACCAGGAUUUCCUUCUAAUCCAAAUUACGGAACUGUGUGUAGUGAACCAAAUAUUAUCAGCCUUUUUACAUUGUGCUCACAAGCCUCCAAAAUACCUGGAUUUUCUUCAGUUAAUGUGGAUAUGAGUGUAGGAUGGGUAGCAGAAAAGGGCUCAUUGCUGAAGAAGUUACCAAAGAAGAGGGUCAUAUUUGACACACCAAAUGGCAGCAAAAAGAUAAUGAAGAAUAUGGUUUCCUGUGUACCAUCCUGUCCUAAAGUGUCAAGUAUCCCUGGUUUCCCAUCUAUUCCAAAUCCAAAAAAGGUGUAUUAUGGACUAAAUGUAGUCAACCUCCUUCCCUUGUGCCCCUUGGUGUCUAUCAUACCUGGAUAUCCAUCAGUCGAAGAUCACAAGGAAGAAGGAUGGGGCGCCGAACUGGGUUCAUUGAUGCAAAGACCUCAAAAGAAUAUUCCGUUUCUGAAUAACAGCUCACCAAUUAAUGUAGACAAAUCCAAAAACAUGUAUGCUUUGGUUCCUUCUUGCCCAGUAUCAUCAAAGAUUCCAGGCUUCCCAUCCGUCUCUCAAUACAAUAUGCUGAGUCUUGUACCUAUUUGCAACAGAGUGUCCAAUCUCCCUGGAUUUGCAUCCUUUGUAGGGGCCUCAAUAUUACAAUGGCCUCCUAAUCCACAUGCCUUGUGUGAUAAGCCUAUAAAGAGCACUGUUUGUGUGAUACACAGUCCAAAUCAAGAUGUAGUAACUGCGAAGACGAUGUUUGCCUUAGCACCAUCUUGCCCAGAAGCAUCCAGAAUCCCUGGCUUCCCCUCGGCACCUCAAACUAAAUCCAAGAUUGAACCCAAUAUGAUAAGUUUUGUACCUAGCUGCUCUAUUGCUUCAAGUCUCAAAGGGUUUGCGUCCAUGACUACACACCCAAGCACAGGGUGGCUAAAUGAAACAAAACCAAUUUUGAUAAAGCUUCGGGAGAAGAGGGCACCGAUGAUGAUGUCACUUGCUGGACAGGAUGAGCUAAAUUGCUACAACAUGAAGGGCAUGGUAACAUUAGUGACAACCUGCCCUAAAGAGGCCAGAGCAUGUGGUUUCCCUUCUGCUCAAGUUGUAAACAGACCACCAAACAUGGUCAGCUUAUAUACAUCUGCACCAUGUGUUUCAUGUAUCCCAGGAUUUCCAUCAUCUCAUACUUCAAAAGAUUGGAAAGUGAGCAGGAAACCACUAUUUGAACCACAUUUGAAAGAAAAGCAGGUGUUGUUGAUUGACAAAUGUGAAGUUCAAAAGAAAUCAAUGAAAGCAAUGGUUUCUCUUGUACCAUCCUGUCCAAAAGAGGCACGUGCACCAGGAUUUCCUUCUAAUCCAAAUUACGGAACUGUGUGUAGUGAACCAAAUAUUAUCAGCCUUUUUACAUUGUGCUCACAAGCCUCCAAAAUACCUGGAUUUUCUUCAGUUAAUGUGGAUAUGAGUGUAGGAUGGGUAGCAGAAAAGGGCUCAUUGCUGAAGAAGUUACCAAAGAAGAGGGUCAUAUUUGACACACCAAAUGGCAGCAAAAAGAUAAUGAAGAAUAUGGUUUCCUGUGUACCAUCCUGUCCUAAAGUGUCAAGUAUCCCUGGUUUCCCAUCUAUUCCAAAUCCAAAAAAGGUGUAUUAUGGACUAAAUGUAGUCAACCUCCUUCCCUUGUGCCCCUUGGUGUCUAUCAUACCUGGAUAUCCAUCAGUCGAAGAUCACAAGGAAGAAGGAUGGGGCGCCGAACUGGGUUCAUUGAUGCAAAGACCUCAAAAGAAUAUUCCGUUUCUGAAUAACAGCUCACCAAUUAAUGUAGACAAAUCCAAAAACAUGUAUGCUUUGGUUCCUUCUUGCCCAGUAUCAUCAAAGAUUCCAGGCUUCCCAUCCGUCUCUCAAUACAAUAUGCUGAGUCUUGUACCUAUUUGCAACAGAGUGUCCAAUCUCCCUGGAUUUGCAUCCUUUGUAGGGGCCUCAAUAUUACAAUGGCCUCCUAAUCCACAUGCCUUGUGUGAUAAGCCUUUAAAGAGCACUGUUUGUGUGAUACACAGUCCAAAUCAAGAUGUAGUAACUGCGAAGACGAUGUUUGCCUUAGCACCAUCUUGCCCAGAAGCAUCCAGAAUCCCUGGCUUCCCCUCGGCACCUCAAACUAAAUCCAAGAUUGAACCCAAUAUGAUAAGUUUUGUACCUAGCUGCUCUAUUGCUUCAAGUCUCAAAGGGUUUGCGUCCAUGACUACACACCCAAGCACAGGGUGGCUAAAUGAAACAAAACCAAUUUUGAUAAAGCUUCGGGAGAAGAGGGCACCGAUGAUGAUGUCACUUGCUGGACAGGAUGAGCUAAAUUGCUACAACAUGAAGGGCAUGGUAACAUUAGUGACAACCUGCCCUAAAGAGGCCAGAGCAUGUGGUUUCCCUUCUGCUCAAGUUGUAAACAGACCACCAAACAUGGUCAGCUUAUACACAUCUGCACCAUGUGUUUCAUGUAUCCCAGGAUUCCCAUCAGCGAGGACGCUUAGUUCUGAAUGUACAAAUAUACCAUCUAAGACAACACACAGCAAGCCACUGUUUGAAAAGCGGCAGAUUGAGAAGCAUCUAGUCAUUGCAAAUCUUCAAACCAAAGAAAAACAUGAACAAGAUGAACCAAAGUAUAUGGUAGCAAUUGUCCCAUCAUGUCCGAAUUUAACUCGAAUCCCUGGGCUCCCCAGCAUUUCCCAACUGAGUCCAACAGAGAAGGAAACAUCGACUAUUCCAUUCCCUUGUUGUACAGAAAGGGUUACACCACAUGAAUUGCCUCAUGUACAGUCAACUCAGUCGCACCUCAAGGACCCAAUAACUCCUGGUGUUCCCUCUACAUCUUUUAGCCUCCCCAGCACAGAACUUGCAAAUGAGGAGAAAUUCAAAGGCAGUGCAAAGCAAAGCAUAGACCUAUGUGUCGAUCAUGGCAAAUCACACAUAGAAAGGGGUGUUGCAGAGAAAGCCCAGACAAGGAAAAGAACAUUGGACCCAUCAGACCCAGCAGGAGUCUUGGAUUGGGAAGUAGUGGAGGCAGAGGGAAUAGUUACAGAAAAACAGACACAAUCCUCUUUGUCAGCAAAAGAGGAAGAGUCUUCAGGAUUAGUAAAUGUUAUUGCGGGUGUUUUCCACAAAGGUUAUGAAACGGUAGCAUCCAUUUUGGGGCCAUCUGGCUCCGCUCUAGCUGAAGUGGAGCACCAACCGAAGGCUGUCUCUUCUAUGAAUCUGAAAGACAAGACAGUGAUCCCUUCAGAUGAGUCUUCAACGCAUUUUGUGGACAACACUACUGCCAUACAAAAGAUAGAGGGCCAGUUUCAAGACGUUCCCCCCCCAACAGAACACCGAAUAUCUCACAAGUGCUGAGCCUUACAUGUUGGACUCUCCAUCACCACCUCCCAGCGAAAGUGAUGACGGGAUUUCGGUUUGUGUAAACAUGAAGAAAUGGCCACCACUGACUGAGGCAGAUAUCUCUAAAAUAUCAAAGGAAGAUGGUGAGCAAGUACAAGAGGCAUUUCUUGAUCAUACAAAGGAGAGAUCACUCACAGGGCACGACUCUGAUCAAACACCUGUAGACGAUGAAAGUUUGUUAGCGAGGCACCAGACUGAGACAGAACAGGAUGAGGUUAGGACAGUGUCAACUUCUCCACAGCUGGAUAAAGGGUGAGUGCUGGGGGACAAUGACCCAUUUAAGUGUUUGGUUGCACGGUGUGGUAGUGUACAUGUUCUGCAUUUUUGGCGAUAACAUUGUUUCUUGUUCUGCUUAUGAGCACUUACUCCUUCGGAAAUCGUAAUGGACAGCUAUUUGUGAUGGCAAUAAAGAUUGGCAAUGUGAAUUGUAAUUUUGCCUUUUUUGUUGCGUUGUACGUAGAUGUGGUCUUUAUGUCCUUCAUGUGCUGCUUUGUAUUUUCAAUGAGAGUAUGCAUAUACACAAAGCUGAAUAUUUACAAUGACAGACAGUUUUUCGCUUUGCAAUGCGUAAUAUGAUUAGGAUGCUGUCUUUCUGGUUUGGUUUGGAUUAUUUGGUUGGAAAUGAGGUGCACCGUACAACUAUGACAAAAUAAAAAACAGCACUUUUUUGAAGCUUCUCCUUUC